AGGUACUUGAUAUAGCUAUAAAUAACCAUGGCUCACAUUGACGAUAUGCGGACUAGAGUCACUAUGGGGGAGCAUGGAGUAUUAAACGUUCAUACAACUGACUUUCCUGGGAGUUAUGUCGGCUACGAUGACGCAUGGAACCGCGAAAAGUUUAUGAAAAACUUUCGGAUUAAUAUUUUGAAAUGUAAUGAAGAUGAAAUGACUUUUGAUAUGAUUGGGAUUGACGCUGCCAUAGCGAAUGCAUUUCGAAGGAUUCUCCUGGCUGAAGUCCCAACGAUGGCGUUCGAGAAAGCGUUUAUUUACAACAACACCAGUAUAAUACAGGAUGAAGUGCUUGCUCAUAGACUCGGCCUUAUUCCUCUGAAGGUCGAUCCAAGGUUAUUUGAAUACAGAGCGGAAGGAGAUGAUUGUGAAACACCAGAAACGACCUUGGAAUUCGAAUUGAAGGUGAAAUGUACUCGCAAUACGAAAGCACCUAAAGAUGUUAGUGAUCCAGAUCAUAUGUACCUGAACCAUAAAGUAUAUUCACGAGAUUUAAAAUGGAUACCAUUCGGAAAUCAAAAGGAUUUAUUUGAAGUAAAACCAGUACAUGACGAUAUCCUCAUUGCUAAAAUGCGACCGGGGCAGGAAAUUGACGUAAAAUUACACGCUGUGAAAGGUAUCGGGAAAGAUCAUGCCAAAUUCUCACCCGUCGCUACCGCAAGUUACAGACUGAUGCCAGAAAUUACAAUACUUAAACCAAUAACAGGACAUUUAGCAUGGAAAUUGAAAGAUUGUUUUUCACCGGGGGUUAUAGAAAUUGUUGAGAAUAACCAGGGAGUCGAGAAGGCUCGUGUAAAAAACUCUCGACUUGAUACGGGGAGCAGAGAAGUAUUACGUUACCAGGAAUUGAAAGAUAAAGUAAAGUUAUCAAAAAUCCGAGAUCAUUUUAUUUUUUCCGUUGAAUCCACUGGAAUUUUACAUCCAAAAAUUUUGGUUUCUGAAGCAAUUAAAGUUUUAAAAACCAAAUGUAGAAAUGUAUUGAAUGAAAUGGAUAAAACGGAUAAAAUGGAAACUGAGUAGAUAAAACUUGAGCUUCACCAAACUAGGCUCAAUUAACCUCCUUUUUCAAUUUGGUGUAAUUUGAGUUGGUGUCUAUCCUGUGUUUGUCUUGAAGGUAUGAGGUUUAAAUAUUGGCAACACAGAUUUUUGUAGCGCUGAAUAAAUAAGGGGCAAAGUUACGGACAUACUGCUUUAACCUUGAAUUGUUUUACAAAAACAUCCAUACUUCUCAAUCAUACUUUUGUUCUCUAUUCUUUACUUGAGUAUAUUUGCAUUUGAUAUUUGACUGCAUUGUGCCGUCAUAAUUGUAUUGAAAUUGGACAUUCAGUGGUGAUUUUGUAUCAAAUCCAUAUUUGCCGUUGAAUCUUUUGUCUCUUCAUCAAUUAAAUGUAUUUCUUUUGUGAAUUUAAAUAUCUACUAUUAGGAAUGAGUCUUGGAGGCUAAGUGAGCAAUAGGAGAUUUUUAUGUAUAGUGGAAUUUACAUCUCAUUACUUAAAAUUCUAUUUAAGGAUGUGCAUAUCGUGUAUACGCUUGGGACAUGUUAAAUAAGGAACACAAAGCCAAUGUACGUUCAAUUAGUUUGAAUUUGGAAAUACAGGAUAGACAAAAUAUUAUUUAAUUGGUUUUUAAGAAAUAAUUGAAGUUAUUUUUGGUCAUAUUGUGAGGCUCAAGGGAUAAUUUUUUAAAUGAAACUAACUAUUGUAAAUUAUUUCUUGAAUCAAAAUUUGCAAUAUCAAAUGUAAAUCAUUUUGAAUUGACAUUCCUGGACUAAAAUAGACAAUAUCGUUUUAUCUGUGAUGUCGUGUUUUUGUUCCAAUCUUACCACUGAAUCAAUUUUUUAAUUCAAAAUUCAAUUUGAAAUAUGGGAAAUAGAAAAUUUUAUAUAGAUUCGAGUAUUUUGUUUGUUUUGAUAUUCCGAUAUCCAAUAUUCAUCGAUCUAUAUUAAUAAUGUCAUUCCAGUUCCAUUUUCACCUCUGAAUCAAUUUUUUAAAUUUCCUUUCCAG